CUUCUUGCUGUUACCUGUCCGUCUCGGCACUGCGCACGGGCAGGAGCCCGAAAAAAAUCGCGUGGCCGGCCAGGGAGAUGCCAAAGAGGCUGGCGGAGAAGUUUGCUGCGGAGAAGCCAACCGGCUGACCCAGUUCUCCAGGAUCGAUACCCGGAGACAACAUUUGGGCUGAGAAAUCCUGCUUUCCUGGGCCUUUUUUAAAGCAGUUAUUUUUCGUUUUCCAUAGUGUUUUAUUUUAUUUUAUUCUAUACUGUUUCUCUGCUGACAGAGAGGAGGAUGAGACCAGUGUGGACCUGACGGUAGAAGACUUACCAGGCUGGAUCACCCCUAAAGAGUCCAUGCAUGCCUAGGUGUGAGAAAGCUCAUUUCCCCCCCCCGUGGUACCGACCCAGGUGCAGGGAGCAACGGCUUUCCCUGGGGUUUGCCUCGCACGGAGGCCCUGAUCGCUGCUCAGACACUUAGGAGCGAACGAGGAGCCGACUCCUCCUGCUGGAGGAGAAAAGGUCCGGAGUCCCAGGACCGCUCUGCCAAGCGAGUGGGAGAACGGAGAGGCACGUUUCUACAGCUGUGCACUGAACUCGGGGAGGGAGAAACAAAACAAUCAUAUAUUUAAAGACUGGGAAAUAAUUAAUUUCUUAUUUAUUGUCAGCAGCUGGUGCUUACUCGGCAUACAAAGCUCCCUUCGGAGCGCGUAUCAGUGUCUGCAGUCAGCAUGGCUUUCUCCCAGGUGCAGUGUCUGGACGACAGCCACGUUAACUGGAGGUCUAGUGAGUCCAAGCCUGAAUUCUUCUAUAGCGAGGAGCAACGCCUUGCCUUGGAGGCACUGGCCUCCCAGGGGCCAGACGCCUUUUACGAAGUCCUGAAGAAAGAGAAUAUCAGAGACUUCCUCUCUGAGCUGGAGCUAAAGAAGAUCCUGGAUACGCUCGAGACAUACGACCCAGGCUCUGAAUACAUCCCACGCCAUGGCAGCAGCACGGGGGACAGUGAAGGCGACCACAACAGCCAAGGGGAUGAGCAGGAUGUGGCCCCAUCCCUGGAGUACUGGCCACAAAGAUCUGAUCGGUCCAUCCCCCAGCUGGACCUCAGCUGGCCCGAGACCAUCGCCUACCGUGGGGUCACCCGCGCCACGGUGUACAUGCAGCCGCCCAUCGAAGGGCAGGCUCACAUCAAGGAGGUGGUGAGGAAGAUGAUCUGCCAGGCUCAGAAGGUCAUCGCAGUGGUCAUGGACAUGUUCACUGACGUAGACAUCUUCAAGGACCUCCUGGACGCGGGCUUCAAGAGGAAAGUGGGAGUCUACAUCAUUGUGGAUGAGACCAAUGUGAAGUACUUCCUUCAGAUGUGUGAGCGAGCCCAGAUGCACACGGGACACUUGAAGGUGAAAGCCUGUGGCACGUGA